GUCCGUCCGUCCGUCCGUGUGUCUGUUACUCUCAAUCUCACUUCUCGAGUGUCUGUUCGUCUCACAAAGGAUACGACCUACCUAACGGGCAAUGAAGGAGAUGAAGGAAUUGAACCUUGUUGGUGUUCUUUGAUAUCGUGUCCAUUAACUGGAGCGUGGCUGUGUGGGUGGUGGAGAGAAGAGUUCAUCGAGUUCGUCGUCUUUUCAUUCCAGGAGUUGUCUUUGUUCUCUUCUGCGAGAAGGUCGUCUGUUUCAGUUUGAAAAAUCAUCCAUUUGCUACCGAAUUUAUACAAGCUCGUAGCGUCUGAACAUGUUCUAUCUA